GCCAGCCUGCCACCCCAAAAUAAGCAGCUAGAAAGAAACGGUGCAACGGUUAAAAGGAGACUUCCCUAAAAAUCACCCCGAGCCUGCUGGUGGGAGGAGGAGGACAACAGACAAAGCAGCAUUCCUGGAAGGAGAAGACUGGGCGAGGAGCGUUGGUUUAGGAUCGAGAAAGAAAAGAUCCAGGAGUGCAAAAUCAGGAAAAUAAAAUAGCUGGGCACUGGGUGGGCAGAGAUCUGGGUGACGGUCCAAUAGCAACUUGAAGACCAAGUACAGGCUACUGAAAAACAUCCCCAGUGGUCACUGGGUGUCCAGCUCCUUGGAAAAUGGAAAUGGCUGGGACAGAGGUGACAAAGGGCCCUGUGUCAUUUGAGGAUGUGGCCGUGUAUUUCACAGCAGAGCAGUGGACUCUGCUGAAUCAAAAUCAAAGAGCUUUGUAUCGGGAUGUCAUGCAGGAGAAUUACAAGAAUGUGACCUCCUUUGGAUUUCCAGUGUUGAAGUCCAGUUUGAUCUCCUGGCUUGAGCAGGACCCCUGGUUUCCAGAUCAGUUAAUCUCAGAGGAAAAUGAGGAGGUCACCUCAAAGCAUAACACGGAAUCUCACCUUCCUAAUUUGAGCAGGAUCUUUCAGGUGGAAGAGCAAGAAGUGCCAGAUCAACCAGGUGUGGAAGAGGGGAAUAUUCCAUUGGACUACCGCUCAGGAUUUCCUGACAUCAUAAAGGAAGAAGAGCCCUGGAUCCAGGAACCCAAGGAUCAUGCAAGCCUUGCUGAUGACCAAUCAGGCAACCAAUAUAUAAAAGAGGUGGAAAAUCUUCUCCCAUCAAACACUAAUCUAGUAGCUACAAAUAAGAUUUCCUCAGGAAUUGCCCAACAAAGUGUCUCUCAACAUCCAGUGAAAGCAGACAUCUCUGAUAAUGUAGACAGAGCAAGCAGCCUGUGGAGAAACAUCCCAAAAAUGAGAGAAGGAGCAGCAUUACCUUGCAGAGGAGGUGACUUCACUGAAACCAGUAUCCAAAAGAGAAUCCCAGUGUCUGGAAGAGUAUCUCAAAAUGGGGAGAAACAUUGUAAGUACUUAGACUGUAAGAAGAGAUUAAAUAGGAGAUAUUGCCUGAUUCCCCACAGCAGAAGACAUACAGGAGACAAAUCACAUAUGUGCUCAUUUUGUGGUAAGAGCUUUCAGUGGAGAAGUAACUUAACUAUCCAUGAAAGGAUCCACACAGGAGAAAAACCAUAUACAUGUUCGAUCUGUGGUAAAAGCUUCAAUAAAAGGUCAUACCAUGCUGUACACGAACGAAUGCAUACAGAGAAAAAAACAUACACAUGCUCAGUCUGUCAUAAAAGAUUUCUUCACAAAGUAAGUCUUAUUAGACACGAACAAGUCCACACAGGAGAAACACCAUAUAAAUGCUUGGUCUGUGGGAAAGGUUUCAGUCAGAGAUGCAACCUGAUUUCACAUGAAAAAAUUCACACAGAUGAGAGACCUUACAUGUGUCCAUUCUGUGGGAAAGGCUUCAAACGACAAUCAAAUCUCAGCAGUCACGAAUUAAGCCACACAGGAAUAAAAAUAAAUACAUGUUCUGUCUGUGGUAAAAGUUUCAGUCACAAAUCAAAUCUUGUUAGCCACGAAAAGACUCACACAGGAGAGAAACCAUAUACAUGCCCAGUCUGUGGUAAAAGUUUCACUGAUAGAGCACAUCUUAUCAAACAUGAGAGAACUCAUACUGGAGAGAAACCAUACAUGUGCUCCGUCUGUGGGAAUAGCUACAGUCACAGGUCAAACCUCAUUAGCCAUGAAAGGACCCACACAGGAGAAAAACCAUACCCAUGCCCAGUCUGUGGUAAAAGCUUCACCGAUAGAGCAUAUCUUCAUAAGCAUGAGAGAACUCAUACAGGAGAGAGACCACAUAAAUGUUCUGUCUGUGGCAAAAGCUUCAGCCGUAAAGAUUAUCUUUUAAGACACACAAGAAUCCAUACAGGAGAAAAACCAUUCACAUGCUCAGUCUGUGGGAAGAGUUUUAUGUGGAAGAGUUAUCUGACUAUCCAUGAAAGAAUCCAUACAGGGGAGAAACCAUAUUCAUGCUCAAUCUGUGGAAAAAGCUUCACUGAAAAGUCAUACUGUAUUUUACAUGAACAGUUGCACACUGAAGAAAAGACACACACUUGCCUGGUUUGUAGUAAAAGAUUUGUUCGUAAAGUAAACCUUAUGAGACAUGAGCAGAUCCAUUCGGGAGAAACACCGCACCAAUGCUCCACCUGUGGGAAAGGUUUUAGUCAGAGAUGCAAUCUUAUUUCACAUGAAAAAAUCCACUCUGAGGAGAGACCUUUUGCAUGCUCGUUAUGUGGUAAAACCUUCAAACGACGAUCAAAUCUCACCAGUCAUGAAAGAAUCCAUACAGGGGAGACUCCCUUUAUGUGCUCUGUCUGUAGUAAAAGCUUCAACUGUAAAGCUCACCUUCUUGGACACAUGAGAACCCACACGGGAGAGAAGCCAUAUCCAUGCUCAGUUUGUGGGAAAAGCUUUGGUAAUAAAUCGCAGGUGGUUAUACAUGAAAGAAUUCAUACAAGAGAGGAACCAUAUACUUGCCCAGUCUGUGGGAAAAGAUUCAAACACAGAACAAGCUGUAUGGAGCACCAAAAAAUCCAUACAGAGGAAAAACCAUAUACAUGCUCAGUCUGCGGUAGAAACUUCAGUCGUAAAGAACACCUGAUUAUCCACAAGAGGAUCCACACAGGGGAGAAACCAUAUUCAUGCACAGCCUGUGGGAAAAGCUUCAAACAGAAAUCAAGCCUAACUUCCCAUGAGAGAAGCCACACAGGAGAGAAGCCACACAUUUGCUCAGUCUGUGGUAAAAGUUUCACAAGUAAAGCAUACCUGAGGAGACAUGGGAAAGGCCAUACAAAAUAGCUGAUCCACACUGAAGAAAUCCAUUCACAUGCUUGGUCUCUGGUUAAAAAAAAACUUGAGUGGUAAAAUGGGGUAUGCCGUUCAGGAAACAAAUCUUUUCUAUUAAUAUGGAAUAACUAAAGCCUAAGAGCUUAUGAAAUAUCUAUGGUUGUGAAAAACAAGAAUGUGAGAAAAGUGUUAAUCAUAUCCUGGGUUCUUAUAAACCAUGGAAAACUCAUAGAGUGAAAUCCAGAGCUUCAAAAUACUCAGCCACAGGGCCUAGCCAGAGCAGAUGGAUUUCUGUGAUAAGACCUUUGUCUCUUUAAAUUUAUACAAAUAGCAGCUGCUGUUUGUGUAUGUCUGAGACACAAUUGACACUGCAGUAAAGGGGAGGGGGGAAACCCUUUCUACUCGCUUUCCUUUCUUUGAUGUAAAAUCACACUUGCCUGACUGGGAAAGCGUACAUCACAGCUACUGUUUUUAUUGGUUUAAAGAGAAGCACCACAGACCUAGUACUUCUUGCCUAGAUGCACCGUUUUUAGUUAUUUCAUGAUAUUUCAGAGGAAAUGGCCAAUCCCCCUAUUCUGGCAAAAGCUCUUUUGCAGAGCAAACAUUUAAGAACUGGAAAGGGGGGUGGGAAUCACAGGACAAAGAAGAACGGAUGAAAAUAAGUUUUCAGAGAAGCAAAAAUCCAUACCGGUGAGAUAAAUGAGAAGUGAUAUGCCCCGUUUGUUUGGUCCUCCAGGACAACAGGUUGGUUGUAGUGUGAAACAUAGUAGGCUCCACUAAUGUUCUGUUCCUCCAGCACUGUUAUAAUUCAU